GCUCUCGCCGGAAGUUUCGGCUACCUCUUGGGGAGGGGAAGGCCCUUCGGACAAUGGGACCAUAGAGCAGCCAGGGAGCGGGAGUGGUCUGGCCGACUGCGGACGCUCUACGUGGCUGGGAGCCGCCAUGCUCUAUGAUGCGCGGCGGGGGCCGCAGCCGCAGAAGCGUCGAGGAGGCCCAGCAGCUGCGCGGCCAGUCAGCACUGAGUGGUUUCUGGUACCAAGUCCUUCUGCUCAUCCAAUCCAAGGAGGCCUCUGCAGUAGCUGGGAUUUGGGGUGUUCACUCUGCUACCUCCAAAUCUCUCAUGGCGCUGAAGGCAGAGACCCCCCUGGCAGACUACACCGAGGUCUCUUCGGCCAUCUCACGCUUCAAGGAGAAGGAGAAAACUGCUGCUGAUUCUCGGCUCCUCGUCUGUCCCUCGGUGAAGCAGGAUGGAGCACCCGUAAACCCUGUGGACAAAGAGGAACACCCACUUUCAGAGUCUGCUACCCCAGCUGGCCAGGAAGAGCCCGGAAUCUCCUGGAAGCAAGAAUACUUGAUAGCUGAGAGUUCGGAUCACGGGCGGCUGGUGUGUAUGGUGUGCGGUGGCAUCUUGACCGCCUCCGGCCCCGUGGCAGCCCGUGAGCACAUUUUGCAGCAACACGCUCACUCACUGGACUUCAGCCUGGAAGAGAAGCGCAACAUCCUGGAGGGCUGGAGCGAAGGGGCAGUCCUUCCCGAAGCGGAGUCCCCCCCUUCCUCUGCAGGCGGUCCCAGCGAGAACAAGCGGCCUGCGGAGAUCGAAGUCCUCCUUGAUUCGGAGGAGCAGCCGGUGAGCCGGAAGCGCGGGCCUGUCAAAGUGCGCUGCGAAGGGUUGCACUUAGAACCCGAACAGCGAACUCAAGUUCGACAGAGGCUGCCUGCCAAAGAUUCGAGGAGCCGAGAGCCCAUGGAGGCUGCAGGAAAGGAAUGGCUCUCAGAAUGUGGACUCCCCGGUUCGGCACCUGCUGAAAUCCGGAUUUUCACUGAUGGUUCCUUCCCAGCUGGAUUCACCUUAAAGCUGUACUGCCGUUCUCAGCCAGAACCGUCCCAGGGCUCUGGAGCUAAGCCAAAUACAAGGAAGCGAACAGUGGAUCGCGACUGCUCCGUGUCUCUGCUGCGGCUUCACUCCAGGGAUGCUGCCGGUCACCUCCACCCAAGCCAGGACGCCCUCACCCCCCCUUGCCCCCUGGGCAGCUCCACCGGCAGCAGCCCCAAAGACUGUGGGGCAGCUCAGGGGGCGGGCAAACGGGGAGCUCGCACAGGCAAGGAGGCCGCCCCACUCUUAGGCAAGGCCUUCAACCCCACCUGGCGCGCUCGCUUCCUGGUGGACUUCGAUGCCGCCACCGGCCACCUGGUGUGCAUGGUUUGCGAGUACCCGCUGAGACGCAUCUGCCUGGCCACCGUCAAGCAGCACAUUCUCCAGUGCCACGCCGAGACCCUCCAGAUGCCUCGCGAAGUCCGCCGCACCAUCCGCGAAGUCUGGGAGAGCCGGGGCCAGCCGCCCACCCAGGUCUCGAGGAAGUGAAGGGUGGGUGGUUCUCCAUCCAACCCCACUCCGUCCGUCGCAGGAAGCCCAGAGAAAGGGUUAAAAGAUGACAGAACUCUGGACCAGGCCUAGGGGCGGAGCUUGAGGGAAGGAGGCUCCGCCCCUCCUCAGAAGCCCCGCCCCAACGCCAUCACUCAGACCUCCCUCGCUGGAGAAAAUAAGCAGAUCCUGGGCUCACUCUGCCGCAGUUCUUCAACCGCAGGACUCUUAACCGUGCUUAUUUUUUGUUUCGUUUUUUCAGUUUCGCUAAUUUUCAGUCCUAAGCAGAAACAGCUCUGCCUUCUCUCUGGCCCAUCCCAUUCCCUGCCUCCUUUCUCACCAGUGUAGCUCCACGCCGCAGCCGAUGAUGAGAACAGAGAGCGAAAGCACCCAAAUCUGCAAGGAGAGAUGGGAGCGUUUGCCGCCGCCUCCCCUUAAUCAGGGACGACUUAAGAAAAAAAGAGAAAACUCAGGGGAAAAUCUUUUUUGAGUUGCAGACGGCCCUUUUCCUGCCCCCCCCCCUUUUUUUACUUCUGUCCCCACAAAGGUUGCAGGAAGACACUGGCCACCUCAUUGCUGGAACUGCCUUUGCCACGGGGAGGACACUUCGUAGCAGUUGCUGCGUCCAUCGGCUGUAAUUAAAGGGACGCCGGGCUUUGGCUUCCUGGUUCGACCGGCGGAUAGAAACGUCCGCCUGGGCCUUCACGCGGAUUCAUGCCCCGAAGGGAGCAGUAAAUUAUUUUUACGAUCCACUGUGGCUUUUUAGGUCUCCUUCUGUCUAUGUACGUUCUGUGUUUGAUCACUGCUUUGUUCGUACUCCUGCCGGGAGGAAAAGGCUUUUCUCUUUCAUUUCGUUAGAGUUCUUGAGCAGAGAAGGGGCGGCCGGAUCCGCGCAUUGCGCUGAGCUAUCCUGUCGUUCGCGUUGUGGUUUAGCGUCUGCCCGAUGGCAUGUUCAGCUAAGCAAACCCUGGCUUGAUAACAGCGUGCGAAGAAGCCGUGUCCUCUGUGUGUGCCUUUAUUAUCCAGGUGACAGGCAGCAGUUCAGCAGGUGCAGGCCUCCCCUUGCAGGAGGGCAGCAAGUCUCUGUAGCCCCUGUUUUAGAAAGAAGCAUUUAUUCCCUUUCUGUUCCAGGGAAAGGAUCCUUAAUGCUGCUGCUAAUUACAAUAAAACCACUGAAAACUU